AUGUCGCUAGCUGCUUUUGAUUUCGCAAACACCGUUGAUGGCUACACAAACUGGUUGAACAGUGCUGCCAACGACACCUUCACUCAUGUUUAUUGCAUUGAAAAUGGCUGGGAGACCGGUUUAAUUGUUUUGACUGACAUAUAUGAUACAUUAAAUAAACUCGUUGAUACAAGACUCGAUAAAUGGAGAGACGAGGACGCCAUUAACUUGAUCAACCCGGAUGACCUCUUUGAAAGUAUCGGAGAUGCAAGGAAUCAAGUCUUGGCCGAAUUGCUUUCGUCAGGCGUUUCGACAACUACCCCUACUUCUCAAGACAAUGCAACCAUCUCCAGUGUGCCCACAGAAACGGGUUCCGAUAACUUCUUUGACUUCAGAAGGAAAAGAAUGGAGAUGCAGCAAGAAAAAGUGGAUCUUGAAGCAAGAGCAGGUUGUGGUGGAACUUGUGGAAGUUCUGGAAACUGCAAGGGAGAUUGCAGGGCCUGUUUGAUGGUGUUGAAUACCAAAAAGGGAUACAGGAAGAUAUGCUUCUAG